AUGGGCAAAGAUGUGAAAGUCGGAGAGCGCGGGGUCAGCGGCAAAGGCCCGCUCGGAGGCCCAGGUGGGUGUGGUUCCAUGCCCGGCCACUGGCUGCCGCUGCUGGCUCCUGCUCCCGCCCGGUAUUUGCAGGCAAAUUCGAUGCUGCGCGACCUCGGCGGCGCGGGGAGAACAGACAGCAGCAGCAGCCACGGCAGUACAGACAGCAUCAACAGCUUCACUGACAAGGCAACGGCGGCUGACGAAAGACUGGAGCAAAGUAGCCAGCUUUGCCCUGGCCCUGCCCAGCCUUGCCCGAGCCUUGCCCCAGACUUGCCCCAGAUUUCCCCAAGAUCAACCCCGGCCUUACCCCAGCCUUCACCUUCGUUCUGCCACCGCCCUCCCCAGCGAUACCCGGCCUUGCCCGAUCCCUGCCCCAGCCCUGCCCUGGCCUUGCCCAACCCUGCACCAGCCUUCCCCACCCUCGGCCCGGCCUCCCCGAGCCAAGCCGCCCUGCAGGUUGCGGGCGGCGGGAGCGGCGGCGCGGAGUUAAAUAAACGAAGUGGAUACUCUGACUGUGUCGUGACUACCCUUUGGAUUACCUGUCGGGGUCUACACCGCGGAUGA